AGGGGAGAAUGAACCUUGUUCACCGUGACCACAUGGUGGCCACAACACCGCAAUGAGAUCUGUUUUAAUCUUCUGUUGCAGGGCAAGGCGGUCAUCAGGCCCAUCGCCUUCCGGCCGCUGCAGGGCGCCAUGAGCCCCGGCCCGGGGGCUGGAGGCGGCGCGGGGGUCCGGCAGGGUGCGGGCGGCAGGCUGUCCAACGCCGGCGAGCGCUACGGCUCCACGCCCGUCCUCGCCAGGCCCGGCACGAGGCUCGCGCUGCACGGCAGCACGACUGACCUCCGCUCGCUGCACUCGGGCGGCUCCUCCCACAUGGGCGGCGCCCUCGGGGCCCUGGGCGGGUCGCUGCACGGCGGGCUGGGCGGCGGCCACCUGGGCGGCUCGGGGUCGCACCUGUCCCUGGACCGGAAGCUCACGCUGUGCUCGUCGCCCCCGCUGUCGUCGCUGUCCUCGCUCAACUCCCUGCCGCUGCCCGGGCGACUGGAGGGGCGGCUGGAGGCGCGGUACGACCCCCUGUCGGCUACCAGCACCCUCACCGCCCCCUCCAGGGCGGGUUCCGUCGACAGGAACAUCGGCCACAGCCAUCGGUCGGACGCUGCCCUACGGAGACUACCCUUGGUGGGACUCCCCUUGUCCGCCAUGCACCACGGGUCGGCCGACAGGGUCGACGGUGACCUGAACGGUUCGGUGCUUCCCCAGGAUCUUGAGCUGGAAGCAGCGCUGCGAGGAAGAGACUCGGAGCUCGCCGUUAGACAGCGCGAGGAGCGGGCCGAGCGGGGCGGCUGGGCGCGAGAGCUGCGGCGGCUGCAGCACGCCUCGGCGCGGCAGCACUCGCUGGGGCAGCACGCCCUGGCCCUGCAGCAGGCCGAGCGCCACGCCGAGCGGCAGCAGCAGCGCGAGCGGCACGCCGAGCGACACGCCGAGCGCCACGCUGAGAGACACGCCGAGCGACACGCGCGGGAGUUGGGCGGGGAGGUGCGGCUGCUGCGCUCUCGGCUGGAGGAGACGAGCUGGGCGCUCCACCAGCGCAACGGCGAGCUGUCCCUGCUCAAGGCGCAGCUCAAGGAGGCCCUGUCCCACCAGGAGCAGGCGUCCCGCCUGGCCGGCCGCGCGCAGGAGGCGGCCGCGCUGCGCGCCCAGCUGGACGGGGAGCGGGCUUCCCUGACGGGCAUGCGGCGCACCCUGGCCGACCGCGACGCGGAGCUGCAGCGCGCCGCGGACGCGAGGGACGCGGCGCUGAGAGACGCGGCCGAGCUGCGCGCCGUGGCCAGGCACCUCGAGUCGGAGCUGGAGCUGGCUGUGGCCCAGGCCAAGGGCAACCAGGCCGUGCUCAAGCACCAGCACCAGGUACAGCACCAGGCCGGUGAGCAGCACGAUGCGCAGCAGAGCCAGCAGCUGCGCGCCGAGGUGCGCCGCCUGCGCGAGGAGCUCGCCGCGGAGCGCGCUACCUGGGCCGAAGAAAAGGAGAAGGUGCUCCGGUACCAGCGCCAGCUACAACUCAACUACGUGCAAAUGUUCAGGAGGACGAGGUCUCUAGAGGCGGAGGUAGAGUCCCUCACCAUGGAGCUGGAGCUGGAGACCAAGGCCAACAAGCACAAGAAGGUGUACGCUAAGGGCAAGGGGCUUCCCCUCCCCGAGCUGCACGCCCAGGCUAUUGAACUAUGAGCUGCUUCGGCUUGUGUGGACUAAACGUGUUUGUGUGACAGAGUGAAUCCUUGAACUAAGAGAGGUGUACGAAUUCUGUCCAACUUCAUGUGGACCUUUACACAGCUUUGAAAUCCAAAUUGCGGAUCACCAACGUAGCAGGCGGCUGAGCAACGUCCGCAGCAUUGUGACAGUCAGUCAUAGGCUUUCAUGGCUGUUAUUUUGUACCUGAAUUACCAGGCAUUUACAUGCCCCUGGCUUAUGUGCCAUUUUAGUGUAACUUUUAAGAUAGUAUGGUAUUAGUGAUGGUAAUGUUUUGUUGUCCAUAGAUCUUUCGGUCUACUUUGUUGUCUUUAUUACAUGUAUAUUUUUGAAAUAUGUGGUUAUGCAUGGCUGUAAUUGCAGUUAUUAAAAAAAAUCUUCAGAAAUGAAUGUGCAAUUGUGCAUCCUAUUUUUCUUAUUUCACCAUUCAUAAACAAUGUUGUACAGAUGUGAAUGUACCUUUGUCUGUUCCCUGUCAUUUAAAAAAAUCAAGGACUAUUGAUGGUUUGUCCUGGAUAGACAUUAUUUGAUCAUUUUGCACAA